CGUGUCUCUCCGUGGCUCGCGCUCCGAGUGCAGGACGGAUGGAGCGCGGCGGCGAGGAUGGCGCGCCACAAGGGAGCGCGUGCUCGGCGGACAGCGUGAGAUCGGGACGCGGAGCGCGCGGGGGUCCCAGCAUGGGCGACUACGGCAACGGCUCGAGGCGCGGGCGUGCGGAGUUGCCCCCGGGCCCCUCGGAGCAGUGGGCGGUGGGCAUGGCCGCGGUCAUGGCCCUCAUCGUGCUGGUGACUGUGGCGGGCAACGCGCUGGUGAUCUUGGCCAUCGCGCGCACACACCGCCUGCAGACGCUCACCAACGUGUUCAUCACAUCGCUCGCGUGCGCCGACCUAAUCAUGGGCAUGCUGGUGGUCCCGUUUGGCGCCGCGCUGCAGGUGCGCGGCGCGUGGCUCUAUGGCUCGUUUCUGUGCGAACUGUGGAUCGCGCUGGACGUGCUGUGCGUCACGGCUAGCAUCGACACCCUGUGCGUCAUCGCCGUGGACCGCUACGUGGCCGUGACGCGGCCGUUUCGGUACCAGAGUUUGCUGACCAAGGCGCGCGCCAAGGUGGUCGUGUGCGCAGUGUGGGUGGUGUCGGCACUCGUGUCCUUUCCCCCCAUCCUGCUGCACUGGUCCCGGAGCACGGAGGACACGGCAUGCUAUGAGGACCCGGAGUGCUGCGACUUUGUGACGAAUGGCGCGUACGCUGUGACCUCAUCCGUCAUCUCCUUCUACCUGCCACUGGUGGUCAUGGCCUUCGUGUACGCGCGCGUCUACGGGGAGGCCAAGAAACAGUCAAGGAAGAUUGACCGCUGCGAGGGUCGCUUCCACAAUGGCGGUGCCAAGGUGCUGGGUGCCAAGGAGCAGAAGGCCCUCCGGACCCUCGGCCUCAUAAUGGGCACCUUCACCCUCUGCUGGCUGCCCUUUUUUGUGGCCAACGUGGUGCGUGUGUUUCGCCCAAGCGCCGUCCACGACCACCUCUUUGUGUUCCUCAACUGGCUUGGCUACGCAAACUCUGCCUUCAACCCCCUCAUCUACUGCCGCAGCCCAGACUUCAGGCGCGCCUUCAGGGCACUCCUGCGCUGCGAUCGGACAUUUGUAGGAGCCACUGAAGCACUGGAUCCCUGGCGCCCCACUGCUGUCAGCACACCAGAGCCCACUGCGAUGGCUAUGUACUCUCGCUGUGAUGAAGGUGGCAUCACAACCCGGUGCUGAGGUUUGAUUAAUUGACUGACCCAAAUAACAUGCCAGUCAGAGUAUGGGCUCUAUGGAUAGCUCAGCUAACUUGGUUGGGUCCCAUGUUGGCCCCAUGCACAUAUGGAUGUCGGCGAAGGGCCACAUCAGGGUCAGUGAUGGAAGCAGGAGGGUUUAAUCAUGGGCCCCAUCUGUGGCCUAGAUGGGUCCAGGUGAGAUUAAGGGGGGCUGUAACGAUGGGUCACAGUAACAAUACAUCUACAAAGCCCAUAACCACCUGGAACCUGCCCGGCCCACCCUCCACCCAUAUGGCAUUUUGGCUGGGGAUUGACGCACUCACAGACAUGAGGAUUACAGAUGUGGAUGGAAAACCCCACCAGUGGGAUUUGGUGGGAUUGGAGUGAUGGGACAUGUGUUGUGUCUAUAAGGCAAAACAGCACGGAUAGAAAACAAUUUGAAACUUGAUUGCGGUUUAAGAUGUGAUUUAUUUUGUCCCAUACAAACUGCCAACUUACUGCAGCCACACACAUAUAGGAGAGCUGGAAGAAUGCAGACAUGACUCUGUUGCCAGAUCUAAUUUUUUUCUGCCCCUAUUUCAGCCCAAACCAGGACUAAAUGGAGCCCAAAAAUAGACCCAACAUCUGACCUAGAAAUGGCCUGUUUUCUGCAGCUAUAGGGUGGCCUUAGGUAUUUAUUAUAGGACAUUCUUAAAAAUGAAAGGAUUCUUUGAGCGAUGCCAUAGAAGAACCACUUUUGUUUCCAAAAAGAACCUUUCUGAAGUAAUGUCAAGUGUGAAGAAUCUUUUAAAUCUUAAGAGUAAAGACUUUUGGCCGUCGUUUAAAGAACGCUUAAAAGCAUCUGUAUCAUUGAAAGAUUUAGUGAAAGAUGAUGGGUGGAAAAGGUAUUUCAUCUGUAUAAUUUACUAACUGAGCAGAAUGCAGAUGGGUUUGGUGUAAGAUGGUUUACUGGAGAGAAAUUUGCUGUUUUAUUUUUUUGUUCUCAGUGGUGCUGAUAGGAACCACAGCUCACAGAGUCCACAUGGAUCAUUUUGGAGGUCUGGUUCGAUCAAGCACCACCACCAUAGUGAAUAAUAAUAAUAGACUUAGAAAGUUUUUCUAAAGCAGUGAAUUUCACACCAAAGUAGAACUGGACAAUAAUUAAUUAUUAUUAUUUAUCACAAUAUAAAAUGUUUUAAUUAGGGUCAUAUGAUUUUCAAACACAUUUCUAAUAUUUUAUUAUACUAUUAUAUAAUAUUAUUACAGUAUCUGUCCCUGACUGACGUUCAUUACUGGAUAAAUUACAUCAAUAGGCAAAUUAAUUUUUUUAGAAAUUCGUAGGUUUGUAGGUUUUGUGCAAGGUCAUAUUAAAUUCAAGGUCAUAUUAAGUUGUUAUUUGAUGCAAACAGAAAAUUCAAACUAUUCUCAUUUUCCAUGACAAAUCUUACAGAGGCCAUAAUAAUAUAUUUUACUCCAACUUGGCACUGUUCCCACUGUUUUAUUAUUGCAUUAUUAAUAUCAUAUCAUGUCAAAUUGGAUUACUGACUGGUAACAUCCUGGAAGAAUCCCUUAAUAUUUUUUAAUAUGGCUAUUUAUAUACAGCAGAAAAAAUACUGCAAUGUCAGUUUUUAUUCAGAUAUUGUGUACACCUGUGUCCCAUUCAAGCAUAUAUGUGUACAGUAGCAUACCAUCCCUGUUAACCAUUUAUGUCCAUUAAUAUCUACCUAUAGACCACCCAGCAAGCACAGUAAUUGUGAGAGGACCUGAUUGUGAGAGGAACUGAUUGUGAGAUCAUACUGUGUAUAAAUGUUGUUUUUUGUAGGGUUGCCAACUUUUCUGCCCGUUUUGAAGCCCAGCUGAGGUUUAAAACUUGCAGACUCAGAUAAACCCUGCCCUCUAUUUCGCCCUACACUCAGGUAUCUGUCCCGUAUGUGCAGAAACAGACUUCCCUUAUGGCUCUCAAACAAUGUAGAUUUGUUUCUGUUUUAACUAAGAGAAAAAUUACAAACUCAUGAACAUCCUCCUCCACCUUCUAGGAAAAAUAAACGAGAAAGGCCAGAGUCUAUUCUGAUCUGCUUGUUUCUUUAGGCCUGUUUGUUUUUAGUUAGCAAUCGUUCCUGAAUGCUGAUGUUGAAUUGAAUUGACUGUUUAAAAGGGACUUUAGUAAGGUUUCUUACAGUGGGAAUUUCAUCUUAACUGAACGAGAAAUAGAGUAUGCUCUUUGUGAUGCUUAAUCAACCAUUUAGGAAUUUAGAAAUUUGUGAUAAAAUAGCUUUUUGUUCACCUACAAAUAAAAACCCCAAACAGCAAAACUGCUGGCAACAGUUUGAUGCUGCCAGCAUUGCUCCGCAUGCUUAUGUAAUAACAGCCCACCAGUCUCAGAUGUCUGGUUAAUAACUGCCUGAGCCUUAUGAGUGAAUAAAUGUGGAUAAACUGGUUAAUAGCUGCGUCCAUAAUGGCUGGGUUUAAAAAUCUACUUUUUUAUACCAAACAAUAUUACUUUAAAUGUUCUAAUAUAUCGAUUAACGUAAACCUGAGAUUGGUCUUUAAAAUGUGCCUAUUUUGAAAAAAAAAAACUAUAUAUAAAUAUUAAUAUUUUAAAUUGUGGUAAGUUGAGGGUUCCUUGUGCAAUUACAACAAUUCAUUUUCUGAAGAUCUCUUUUAUAUACAAACAAAAUCUGUUAUAUAAAAUGGAAUUGGGAAUCUGAUUGAAUUGAGAAUCAAAAUAAUUUGGGGAAUCAGUGGUGAUACCCAGCCCUAAUAAACAGCCAAUCACACAAAGGACACUAUCAUUAGUACUGAUAAUUUGUCUUCAUAGUAGAUAUAGUACAGUAGUAUGUAGUAUAAACUCCAUGCUAUUGCACUAUAUUGUUUUCCAGUAUGCCAGAAAUAGCACACUGUUAUUAGUAUUCCAUUCCUUAGUACAUAAUGGAGAGGUUUCUCAGUCCAAGAUUAAGCCUAGCUUUGGACUACACGGCAUUUUUGAAUGAAGAUUUUCUACAGAAAGUAAACCAUACCAAUAUAGUACAGUAGUAUGUGGUUUCAGAUGCAGCCUCAGUGUAAAUAAUAGCAGUGCAAAAAAAGCCAAAAAUGAGGUCCUUUUUAUUAAAUAUUAAAACUCUCUGCUACUAUUUUCCCCAAACAAUAUGAGAAAGUAGUUCAGUUGUGCAGAACAUCGCCCAAGUUGGCAACCCUGUGAAUUUGUUCUGAGUUGGCUUGAGCACUUCUGCAAAUCCAGGCUUUUCAUUUUCAGCAGCAGUUUUCACUAAACCUCCAGCUUUCAUAUUGUACAUACGAAUGUGACGUUUGAAGAAAUCUCCUUUUACAGCCUUACUUUACCUCAUACCUUAGAAAUGUGCAAAUUGUACGAAAGGAAAUUGUUUAUAUUAAACAACCUUUUCAAACUAUACAGUAUUUAUUUGGUACUAAGUAGGCUGUAGCUGAUGGAGUAAGCUUGAUAAAGUGUCAGGAAAAUUAUCAUAUAAAGGGAACUGUGAUUCAUUGCUACCUUUGCACCAUCUAUUUUGUCUAAUGUGAGCGAGCUGCUUCUUUUCUCCUUUAGUAUUGUAUUACUAUUUAAUAUUUUAAUACAUCGGUUUGCCUAAUUAUUAAAAAAAGGGGCUUAGUAUUUUAUUCAUUGACGCACAAAUAGGCCUGGUUCUGUUUUAUGUAGUGCAAUUUCUGCCCAAAUGCCAUAUAUCUGCAUUAGUAAUUCAUGUAGCAAUGCCUGAUGUAAUGUAUAAGGUCUUCAUGUUUACGAGUGUGGAAUAAAGUGUCCUAUUGAAAACACA